AUGGACGUUUCGACGAAAGAGACUGCUUACAAGACAGUAACAUAUAUGGCCACAACUCUUUCCUUGUUGGCUGCAUUAUCUUUAUUCGUUUCGUUACCGCUAAUCAACAUGUGUGAUCCAGUUAAAAUGACUGUUUUGAAAAGUCAAACCAUAUUACAAAAAUUCAUAGCUUUCAAUAAAGUAAUUAAUAGACCAGUUUCCGUUAUAGGUUGCUGUUUGCCGGGUGAGCCAGGGCCAGACGGUCGACCGGGAAGAAACGGCUUGCCAGGAAAGCCUGGAGCUCAAGGAGCCCCUGGAGCGCCUGGUAGACCGCCAAGGAUAUGUGAGCAACUAACUCUUCCACCAUGCAGACCAUGUCCUCCAGGACCACCAGGACCAGCUGGGCCACAAGGAGAUAAAGGCGCACCAGGUUUACUGGGCGAACCAGGAGAACCUGGAGAACGGGGUCCUGACGGUCGUCAAGGUCCUACUGGCCAAACGGGACCUGACGGACCAUCUGGCUUACCAGGCGAAAUGGGUAAUCCAGGUCAAGACGCUUACAGUGCACAGGCAAUGCCUGGAGAACCUGGACCACCAGGGCCUGAUGGCGAUCAUGGAGAACCUGGAUUACCAGGCAUGCCCGGAAUGCCAGGAUCCAGCGGGUCUCCUGGAAGACGCGGGCCACCAGGUCCCCCAGGCAUUCCAGGACAACCAGGAAAUAGUGGAGAACGAGGUUUGCCUGGAUUAGACGGACCAGCUGGUGAGCGCGGGAUAUGUCCAAAAUAUUGCGCGUUGGAUGGCGGAGUAUUCUUUGCAGAUGGCCCCAUUCUAGAAUCAGAGGAACGUGAAAGAGCCUAUCGAUAUGUCGCCUAUUCGGCUCUAAUAGCAUCUUUUCUGGCACUUUUAGUAGCCUUCAUCACAUUACCAAUGGUCAACAAUUAUGUUAAUUCCAUGCACGCCAGGGUACAGUCUGAGAUGGAAUUCUGUAAGAUGUCAGCUAGAGAUGUUCUGUUAGAAGUAGAAAAAUAUCGGACCUCACCAAACAGCAAAGUACCAGAAUUGAUGCAAAAGAUGAUCAAUAAUGCAACAUGGCCAAGGCAAAAACGACAAGCUAGUGGAAUCUGCGAAGGCUGCUGCCUUCCUGGAGAACCAGGUCCAGACGGUCUUCCGGGCAAACAUGGUAUCCCAGGGCGACCAGGACCACAGGGAAUGCCAGGUUUCCCUGGUCGUCCACCAGCGAUAUGCGAAGAAGUUACUCCUCCACCUUGCACUCCAUGUCCACCAGGAGAACCUGGACCGCCGGGACCUCCAGGAGAUCCUGGUAAGAUAACGUUUAAUAUUUCAGCAGCCUAA